AUGUCUGCACCUAUCGACUCUUCACAUGUCGCUCUCUUGUCCGACACUCUCCAGCGACUCCAAGUAGAACAGCAACAGUCGUCGACAGAGCCCCAAACAGGGGAAGAUGAUAGUCAGGGUCCCCCCUAUAUUCCCAAAAGUCCCAUCUCCAGAGAUGGCUAUGGCUUUCGGAAGUCUGGGGUUUCCACACCCCUAACAACACAUGGUGUGCCAAACGAUUCUCUUCCCUCGUCACACCUAGCCCAGGACUUGCUUGUUCCCGAUCCCAAUGGUUUAGGCUGGCCAGCCAAAUCCACGGUGUCUCGUCUGAAUGCAACCCCAGAGGAAAGGGAUGCUCGCGAAAAAAAGAUGGCAUCAGCUGUCCGAACGAUCCUGGAAUGUAUAGGCGAAGAUCCCAAUCGCGAGGGCUUGCUGAGAACGCCAAUCCGCUAUGCACAGGCGCUGAUGUGGAUGACUCGGGGUUAUGAAGAACGACUGGCUGACGUUAUAAAUGACGCCGUUUUCGCCGAAGACCAUGACGAGAUGGUGCUGGUUCGCGAUAUCGAUAUCUCAAGUCUAUGCGAGCAUCACCUGGUACCUUUCACAGGCAAAAUCGCAAUUGCCUACAUACCCAAUAAACUUGUAUUAGGGCUCUCCAAAUUAGCCCGUAUCGCCGAAACAUUUAGCCGGCGUCUCCAGGUGCAAGAGCGCCUAACCAAGCAGAUUGCGAUCGCUGUACAAGAGGCUAUCAAACCUCGAGGUGUAGCUGUGGUCAUGGAGGCUACACAUCUUUGCAUGACAAUGCGUGGCGUGCAAAAGCCUGGGUCACUUACAGUGACAUCUUGUAUGCUAGGUUGUUUCCGGACGCAACAGAAAACUCGCGAAGAAUUCCUUACUCUCAUCAAGCGUUAA